UAAGGAGUAGGGAAGAUUCAUAUAGCCAGAAAAGCGGGGAAUGGUGUUCUUGUGGAUCUGCCAGAAACAUGCUUCAUAAUAUGUUCAAUCAGAAGAUUUGAUCUUUUGCUAAGGGUGAAUGGUCUCUAUCACUGCAGUGCAGUGCACCUGCUCUUCCACUACUAGGGAGUAUGACGCACUGGCAGUAUCUUCAACUGCCGUCCCACAAUCCCUCUUACCAGUCGUCUGUAAGGCAAAACCAGCGUACUACCGCACCACCUCACAGUUUCAAAAUAAAAAUACAAUACAAAGAAAGAAAGAAUAACAAAGAAACCCGAAACCAACAAAGAACCCAUAAUAACCCGUCAUCAGGAACUAAUCUCCGAAAUAAUCCCCUCAUCCAAUCCCCUUCCAUACUUACUACCCAAGCAGUGAAUAAUCUAGAAAUAUCUAUCACCUAAAAUGCGCAUGACAAUUUACUUUAAGUAACGAGUAACGAGUACAGGGUUAA